UGGCCGCCCUGGCUUACGUUUUACCGGUGGUGUCCAUCUUAACGCUGCCUUUGGUAUCCUCUCGUUGUCCGGUUUUCGAAAAUAGCUAGCUAGGCUAUAGACUAUAUAAUAUAUACCGCAUGUUAUUUGUGUACAACAACAACUUCAGCUGUCGAACGUUAUAAGGUACAAAUCCAACAAGUACAAAAUUAGCACGGACGGUAUAGCCAAGUUGUGGUUAAGAAGGUGGAUUUUUGUUCCUUAUAUUUACCAGAAACGAAGUGAUCCGAACUCACGACCCGGGGCUUUGGGGGACUCCAGUGAGAACCGUCCUCGUUUUCCCAGUGUAAAGCUGCGAGCCAUUUGUCUCGUCUCUGUGGGCUUUUAUCACGCUUUGGCAGAACAAAAUACAACCUUUGUUUUCCCUGUUUCCAGUUGUGGUUAGCACAACCAAAAACAACACAGUUUUUCGGCAUUUUGGAGGCAGAAUGACGGGUUAAAGAGUAAUGGCAACGGUUUGUUUUCAACGCCAGUCUGGUUGCUAUGGCUCGAAGAACCCGUAUGUAGCUCAGUUGCCCGGAUGUCGGCCCUCACCCAAACUAUACCAAUAUUUCCUGCCUAACUGGAUUUGAAAGCCAGGGGGAAAUGUUUUAGCCCAAAUUUAAGAUUGAUUGAUUUAUCAAAUUCCUUUAAUUAUAAAUUGUAUCAAUCAAAUAUUUUAAAAGAUGCUUAUCGGUAACGUCACGUGAACGAAAUAAACAGUAGUCGGUUGAAGUGCGAUCUCUACCUAACUUGACGUCUGUUUUAAAACUAAUACAAAUGACACAUGUUUAGACCAAUCACAAUGAACAACGUGAUUGUAUAAGCCAAUCAGCGUCAUCCUUUCGACCGAUCAGCUAGCGCCUGAUAACACAGUAGUUAAAGAGAACCUAGUCAUCUUCAUCAUGGCCUCUGGAGCUUUGUUCCCCAGCAUGGUGUCUGGGUCACGUGGUUCCUCCAGCAAGUACCUGGUGGAGUUCCGAGCUGGUAAGAUGACCAUGAAGGGCAGCACUGUGACCCCUGACAAGCGCAAGGGUCAAGUGUACGUUCAGCAGACCGACGACUCCCUCAUCCACUUCUGCUGGAAGGAUCGCACCACUGGAAAUGUGGAUGAUGAUCUGAUCAUCUUCCCUGAUGACUGUGAGUUUAAACGGGUCAACCAGUGCACCACUGGACGUGUCUAUGUUCUGAAAUUCAAAGCUGGAUCUAAAAGACUUUUCUUCUGGAUGCAGGAGCCCAAGACCGACAAGGAUGAGGAGCACUGUCGUAAGGUGAACGAGUAUCUCAAUAACCCGCCCAUUCCUGGUGCUCUUGGCAGUGGCGGCAGUGGAGGGCACGAUCUGUCCGCUCUGGGAGGUGAGGGUGGUCUGCAGAGCCUUCUGGGUAAUAUGAGCCACAAUCAGCUCAUGCAGCUAAUUGGACCAACUGGACUCGGUGGAAUCGGGGGUCUUGGCGCACUCGCUGGUCCAGGUUUAGCCAACCUUUUGGGCAGCAGCAGCAGCAGUGUUCCUUCUGCUAGUAACUCCUCCACAAGCCCGUCCACAGUGGUCACCCCCACCUCUACGUCUGCUACCAGUCGAAUUGGCUCCUCACAGGCUCCCACUACACCUGUCAAUGCCUCUGCAACCUCAGCAGCCUCUCCGCCAGCGAGCACCCCGACCACCCCUGCUGUGACUGCAGCAGCGAGUGCGGCAGAAACGGCAGCGGCGGCGACAGGAAACCCUACCCAGCCCAUCCAGCUGAGAGACCUGCAGAGCAUCCUGGCAACCAUGAAUGUGCCUGCCAGCGGCUCAGGAGUGGACCUGGCCAGUGUUCUGACCCCAGAGGUGAUGGCUCCUAUCCUGGCCAACCCUGAGGUGCAGCAGAGGCUGACGCCCUUCCUGCCCACAGGGGAGUCACUGCUUCAGAGCACAGAUGAGCUCCACAACACGCUCGGCUCACCCCAAUUUCAGCAGGCUAUGAGCAUGUUCAGCAGUGCUCUGGCUUCAGGGCAGUUGGGGCCUCUAAUGAACCAGUUUGGUUUGCCGGCAGAGGCUGUGGAUGCCGCAAACAAUGGAGAUGUGGAGGCUUUUGCCAAAGCAAUGGAGACCGAGACAAAGUCCGAAGACGGUGGAGAUUCCAAAGACAAAAAGGACAAUGAUGAGGACAUGAGCUUAGACUAAUAACCCUUUUGGAAAAAUGUAUUUAUUUAGCCAUCACAGCUUCUGGAACACAUUUGAAAAAUAAAUAUAUUACACUGA